AUUAUUAUUAAACAAACGUGGAUAGUAACGGUUCCGAUCGCAUCCCCAGCGGAGAUGAUAUGGUGACUGGCUGCUCUGGUUUCGCCAGCAGCUACCACCUCGACUCCAAACUCCAAAGCCUCUCUUCUUCUUCUCCUACAAUUCUUCUCAGCUUUAGGGUUUCCAUGCUUCUCCCAAUCUCAGAUUGUGAAGGAAUGCUUUGCUUAUGUUUAUACACUGUCUCUGCAUAAGCACUGCAUAAGAGUCAGUAGCUUCUAGCUACAGGUAGCACUUGGGUUCUAUCUGAAGAAUAUUGUUUCAAGAUGGGGCAGGUAAAGCUGCAGACUGGCAUAAAGGCAAUUGAAGAAGAAUCUGAGAACUGUGAUCGCCAUUCUAGUAAAGCUACUUUAGCAUGCGUGAUUAAUUCAGAAAUAGGGGCUGUGUUAGCAGUGAUGAGGAGAAAUGUAAGGUGGGGUGUGCAUUAUAUGUCCAACGAAGAGCAGCUGGAGCACUCCCUAAUUCAGUCUUUGAAAGCAUUACGCAAGCAGAUUUUUACAUGGCACCAUCGCUGGCAUACCAUCAACCCUGCUGUGUACCUUCAACCAUUUCUAGAUGUGAUUCGAUCAGAUGAAACUGGUGCUCCGAUCACUGGUGUUGCUUUAUCUUCUGUUUACAAGAUCUUAACACUUGAUGUCAUUGAUCGAAACACUGUAAAUGUUGAAGAUGCAAUGCACUUGUUAGUUGACGCUGUCACUAGCUGUCGAUUUGAGGUGACUGAUCCUGCAUCAGAAGAGGUAGUUCUAAUGAAGAUAUUACAAGUUCUUUUGGCUUGUAUGAAGAGCAAAGCAUCUGUUAUGUUGAGUAAUCAGCAUGUUUGCACUAUAGUGAAUACUUGUUUUCGUAUAGUCCACCAAGCAGGAACAAAAGGUGAGUUAUUACAACGUAUAGCUCGGCACACCAUGGAUGAACUUGUUAGGUGUAUCUUUUUACACCUUCCUAAUGUUGACUACUCGGAAUUGUCUCCAGUAAAUGGAGUCAAUAAUCCGAACAAGAGCUCUGGGUUGAACAAUGAGUAUGCAUUUGGAAGUAGGCAAUUUGAUAACGGUGACAUGACUUCUGAAUAUGGUGGUCAAACAUUAUCUACAAAUCUGGAAUCCAAUGCUUCUAUAAGUGCAGCAGUAGGAGUAGAUGACGAGACAAAUGAGACUGGAUCUGGAAAGGAUAGCUUACCAUAUGACUUACAUCUGAUGGCAAAGCCAUAUGGGGUACCCUGCAUGAUGGAAAUAUUUCAUUUCUUGUGCUCUAUGCUAAAUGUUGUUGAGAAUAUGGGAAUGGAUCCCAGAUCAAGUACUAUAGCUAUUGACGAAGAUGUACCCUUAUUUGCUUUGAGUUUGAUAAAUUCUGCUGUACAGUUGGGUGGUCCUUCCAUUCGCCAUCACCCUACAUUGCUGGGUUUCAUUCAGGAUGAACUGUUUCAUAAUCUGAUGCAGUUUGGUCUGUCAACAAGUCCACUUAUUCUUUCAAUGGUAUGCAGCAUUGUUCUUAAUCUGUAUCAUCAUCUGCGUGCUGAGCUCAAAUUACAGCUGGAGGCAUUCUUUUCUUGUGUUAUUUUAAGGCUUGCACAAAGCAGAUAUGGAGCAUCUUACCAGCAGCAGGAGGUUGCUAUGGAGGCUCUUGUUGACUUCUGUCGGCAGAAAACAUUUAUGGUUGAAAUGUAUGCUAACUUAGAUUGUGACAUAACUUGCAGUAAUGUCUUUGAAGAUCUUGCUGAUCUUUUGUCUAAGAGUGCUUUCCCUGUUAAUUGCCCCCUGUCAUCAAUGCACAUUCUGGCUUUGGAUGGUCUUAUUGCUGUUAUUCAGGGAAUGGGUGAAAGGGUUGGCAAUGCAUCAGUUGGUUCAGAGUGCACCCCAUUUAAACUUGAAGAGUAUACUCCAUUUUGGAUGGAAAAGUGUGAUAACUAUAGCGACCCUAGUCACUGGGUUCCAUUUGUUCGCCGGAGAAAAUACAUCAAAAGAAGGUUGAUGGUUGGAGCUGAUAACUUCAAUCGUGAUCCAAAGAAAGGGCUAGAAUUCCUCCAAGGAGCACAUCUCAUGCCUGACAAACUUGAUCCUCAAAGUGUGGCAUGCUUUUUCAGGAAUACAGCUGGGUUGGAUAAGAAUCUAAUUGGGGAUUUUCUGGGGAAUCAUGAUGAGUUUUGUAUUCAGGUUCUUCACGAAUUUGCUUGGACUUUUGAUUUCCAAGACAUGAAUUUGGAUACUGCAUUGCGACUGUUUUUAGAAACAUUCAGACUGCCUGGAGAGUCACAAAAGAUACAAAGAGUCCUUGAGGCAUUCUCAGAGAGAUAUUAUGAGCAAUCACCACAUAUUCUUGCUAAUAAGGAUGCUGCUCUCUUGUUGUCGUAUUCACUGAUACUGCUUAAUACAGACCAACACAAUGUACAAGUGAAGAGAAAAAUGACAGAGGAGGAUUUUAUCCGAAAUAAUCGGAAAAUAAAUGGUGGCAAUGACCUACCUCGAGACUUUCUAUCAGAGCUGUACCACUCGAUAUUGAAGAAUGAGAUUCGCACAACCCCAGAACAAGGUGCUAGUUUUCCUGAAAUGACCCCAAGUCGAUGGAUUGACUUAAUCCUGAAAUCACAGAGAACUGCUCCAUUCAUAUUAUCAGAUUCCGGAGCCUACGUUGACCACGAUAUGUUUGCAAUAGUGUCAGGGCCAACUAUAGCUGCUCUUUCUGUAGUUUUUGAUCAUGCAGAAGAUGAAGAGGUUUACCAAACUUGUAUUGAUGGAUUCCUAGCUGUUGCAAAAAUUUCAGCAUGCCAUCAUCUAGAAGAUGUACUUGAUGAUCUUGUUGUGUCUCUCUGUAAGUUCACGACACUGUUGAACCCAUCAUCUUUUGAGGAACCUAUGCUGGAAUUUGGUGAUGACACAAAAGCUAGAAUGGCAACUGCGACAGUUUUCACUAUUGCCAACAGUUAUGGUGAUUACAUUCGCACAGGUUGGAGAAAUAUCCUGGAUUGCAUUUUAAAGUUGCACAAUCUUGGUCUUCUCCAUGCCCGUGUGGCCAGUGAUGCAGCUGAUGAGUCAGAGCUUACUGCUGACACUGGACAUGGCAAACCUGUCACAAAUUCUCUAUCUUCUGGUCAUAUGCCUCCCAUGAAUCUUCCUAAGAGACCGUCUGGAUUGAUGGGCCGAUUUAGUCAAUUCUUGUCCCUUGACACAGAGGAGCCAAGGUCACAACCCACUGAGGAACAACUAGCAGCUCAUCAGCGCACGCUUCAGACAAUUCAAAGGUUCCACAUUGACAGCAUAUUUACUGAGAGUAAGUUUCUGCAAGCUGAAUCUCUAUUGCAGCUUGCACAAGCACUCAUCUUGGCUGCAGGAAGACUUCAGAAAGGGAGCAGCUCCCCUGAGGAUGAAGACAGUGCAGUAUUCUGUCUGGAGUUGCUGAUUGCAAUAACUCUGAAUAACAGGGACAGGAUUGUGCUUCUUUGGCAGGGUGUCUAUGAUCACAUAUCCAACAUUGUUCAGUCAAAAGUCAUGCCAUGUGCUCUUGUGGAAAAGGCUGUUUUUGGUCUCUUCCGUAUUUGUCAGCGGCUGCUUCCUUACAAAGAGAAUCUCGCUGAUGAACUUUUGAGGUCAUUGCAACUUGUGUUAAAACUUGACGCCCGGGUUGCUGAUGCAUACUGUGAACAGAUUACACAAGAAGUGGGUCGUCUUGUAAAAGCAAAUGCUUCUCAUAUCAGAUCCCAAUUAGGGUGGCGCACUAUUACUUCCCUACUUUCUAUCACUGCUCGACAUCCUGAAGCCUCAGAGGCUGGAUUUGACGCAUUAUUAUUUAUUAUGUCUGAUGGGGCCCAUUUGUUACCAGCCAAUUAUGUUUUGUUUGUGGAUGCAGCAAGGCAGUUUGCUGAGUCUCGUGUUGGACAGGUAGAGCGUUCUGUUUGUGCACUCGAUCUUAUGGCAGGUUCUGUUGAUUGCCUAACACGGUGGGCCUUUGAGGCUAAGAAAGCAAUGGGAGAGGAGGAAGCUGUCAGGAUGUCCCAGGAUAUUGGCGAAAUGUGGUUGCGACUUGUGCAGGGAUUUAGAAAAGUUUGUUUGGAUCAGAGAGAAGUGGUUAGAAAUCAUGCUUUGUUGUCACUGCAAAAGUGCCUGACAGUAGCGGACGGGAUACAUCUUUUUCAUGGUCUGUGGUUACAAUGUUUUGAUCUGGUUAUUUUUUCAAUGCUUGAUGACUUGCAUGAAAUUGCACAAGGCCACGCCCAAAAAGAUUAUCGCAACAUGGAAGGAACUCUUAUACUUGCCAUGAAGCUCUUGCCGAAGGUGUUUCUUCGAUUGCUUCCCAAUUUAUCUCCAUUAACAACCUUCAUCAAAUUAUGGCUUGGUGUUCUCAAUCGUAUGGAAAAAUAUAUGAAGGUGAAAGUUAGAGGUAAGAAAAGUGAAAAGCUUCAGGAGCUAGUACCUGAGCUGCUUAAGAAUACCUUAAUUGUUAUGAAGACCAGUGGAGUGCUUGUGCCGAGAAGUGCUUCAAGUGGAGAAGGUUUGUGGGAAUUGACAUGGUCACAAGUGAAUAACAUUGCUCCAUCCUUGCAAUCUGAAGUCUUUCCCGAUCAAAGUUUAGAGCAGUCACGCCAUGGUGAAGCAGCAGGAGAUCUAGUUUCUGAUAAAUCAGGCCAAGUACCUUCAACUUAAAUGUCAUCUUUUGAAGGUGGUGCUGGUGGAGGUUAGGAGUUUGUAUAGUAUACUGGCAACUCUAACUGAUCUCAUUGAUGGAUGUUGAUUACAGCUCAAGUUUUCUUGAAUUUAGUUAUGUGUUGAGAUGCUUUCUUUUUGAGAAAUCAGAACUUACAGAAUCUGUAAAACUCUUUGUUCAUGUUGGUUCGGAAACAUUAGUUGUCAUGACUUACCACGGCAUGAAGGUAUGGUGUACUCUUCAUCAUGGUGAAGUCAAACCGAGGCAGGUCGGUCGGAUUUUUAGUGAGGACCAAGGAUCAUGGUUUAUCUGAAUUGUGACUUUCCAUUGAUCUUCUUUCUCCCCAAAACUUUAGAGAAAACUUUCUACUUAAAUACAUAAUGAUACAUAUCUUUAGCGCCCUAGUCGUAGAGUGCCCAUUUUGCAGAAAAUUUUACCAUUUAUUUUUGUGUUGUAUUUGAUCUAUACCAGUAUGUAAGUGAUCCUUCUAUAAUUUUGUAUUGAAUUGCUCAUUGACGUACACUGUACAGAACCAAGAUUUGUUUCUUAGUAUUAUUUUAAGACUUUCUUUUAUA